AUGCACCUUCACUCCUUCCAAUCGGCAGUUGGAUGCAAGGGCCUCAGUGAUGAGGGGCAAUGCCUGCUGUUCCCAUCAUCCCUUACCGAAGCCGUUCUGAACUGGUUCUACCGUCUUAAGCUGGGGACGGUAGCCUCCUUUGACGAACUGAAGCAGAUUUUCCUCAAUCACUUCAUUAUCCAGACAGACCGCUUGUACUCUGCCGAUGAUCUGUACACAAUUCGGCAGAGAGAGGACGAACCCCUACGAGAGUAUGCAGCGCGCUUCAGUCACGAAUACUCGAGGUGUCAGAAACGGAUGACAGGGCAGCCUUCGGUGCCUUCAAGAGUGGCCUUCGGUCCUCUCACUUCCGGUACCUCGUGCACAGUAGUAACUGGCGCACAUACGACGAGUUGA